GGAAUCAAAACAAAGCAGGCCUCGUAUCGCCUAAUAAGUUAAAAGUGAUUGCAAUUAUUCUCAUGAAUUAGGAGUAUGCCGAAACAAAGUAAAGAUGAUGGUGAAAAGAUUAACGUCCGUGAACGGCUCACGGACAACCUGCUGGAUCUGAGUCUGAUGAACAUCUCCACCAUCCCAGUGAAUGAAAUCAAAGCCUUACGCAGAGCAACGAUCUUGGAUUUGUCUAACAACCGAAUUGGGGCUAUUAAGAGUGAUUUCUUAGCGCUCACGCAGCUGACCCAACUGGACUUGUCCAAAAACAGAAUCACCUCGAUCUGUGACGAUUUCGGGCAACUUACCAACCUACGGCGGCUCGAUUUAUACAACAAUCAAAUAACGCGUUUGCCGCUCUCGUUCGGGCGGCUAAGAAACCUUAAGUAUCUGGAUCUAAAGAACAACCCACUGCAUCCGGCACUCGGCAAAAAAAUCGGCACUUUCAGCGAUACUUCCGAUUGUCUGGCGGCAGCCAACCGUGCCGUCGAGUUGAUGAAAACUAUCGAGCAGAUGAUGAUCAGUGAUUGUAUGGGCGAGAUAGAAUUGCGCAAUAGUGCCGAAGGAAAACAACCGAAUCAGGAUGUCGACACCGGUGCUACUGGGAAAUCGAAACGAAGAAGAAAGCACUUGAAUGGGGCCGAAUCGGAACAAAUGGUGCAGAUCCUAACGAAAGAUUCCGAUACUGACAAGGGCACUGAAAAACGUAAGCGCCGCCAGGGUGAGACCGUCUCCUCCAAAGGAGCACGGGCAACGAUCUUGUUGGCCAUCGGUUUAGUGCUACUACUGGCGUUGGUGGUGGCUCUCUUUUCCACACAUUCCGGUGCGGUGCAAUCUUUCUGGGAAAAGAUGUUCGACGAUCCAAAUGAAAACCGUGUGCAGGAAGAGUACAUAAAAUAAUCAGUAAGAGAAAAUUCAUUAUUAUCACUUGUAAAGUGCGUAGAAAAAUAAAUUCUUGUGAAAGAUGUUCU